AUGCAUGCGCGCUGGCCCCAUGCAUGCGCGCUGGCCCCACGCAUGCGCGCUGGCCCCAUGCAUGCGCGCUGGCCCCAUGCAUGCGCGCUGGCCCCAUGCAUGCGCGCUGGCCCCAUGCAUGCGCGCUGGCCCCAUGCAUGCGUGUCGCUUCCAAAUGCCCGCCCAGCUGGCAAGCACAAACCAAUGUGUGCUCCCCACUGUACGCCCCGCUGUGCGCCCGUGAUUGUGCCCGUGCGUGUGCCCGUGCGUGUGCCCGUGCGUGUGCCCGUGAGUGUGCCCGUGCGUGUGCCCGUGAGUGUGCCCGUGCGUGUGCCCGUGCAUGUGCCCGUGAGUGUGCCCGUGUGUGUGCCCGUGCGUGUGCCCAUGCGUGUGCCCGUGAGUGUGCCCGUGAGUGUGCCCGUGCGUGUGCCCGUGAGUGUGCCCGUGCGUGUGCCGUGUGCCC